AUGAUUGGACCCUUCGAUGACUGCUCUAUCUCUCUACAUUGUUUUAGUGAUGCUAGUAAGGUAUCUUAUGCAGCAUGCAUUUUCUUACGUGCAUAUUUUGAGGGCAAAACUUCAGUACAAUUGGUAUUAUGUAAAUCAAGAGUAGCGCCUGCCAAAGAAGUAAUUAUUCCCAGAUUAGGGUUGCUUGGAGCACUUAUAGCUACUCGGCUGUACCGUCAAGUCAUUGACGCUCUUAAAUUUACAAAGUGCCAAGUGUACUUUUGGAGCGACUCGUCUGUAGUUCUGACAUGGAUCAAAAAAGACUCUCACUGGAGUGCUUUUGUGGCAAAUCGUGUAGCUGAAGUAAGGAGAUGCACAAAUCCGGACGACUGGCAUUAUGUACCAAGCUCAAGCAAUCCAGCUGAUCAUUCCUCUAGAGGGUGCUACAGUGAUGUUGUGAUGUACAGGGUGGGAGUGGCCGGAUUGGCUUAA